AUGGAAGAAGAUAAUCCGAGUGUUCCUAGUUCUCUCGACGAUUCCGAUUCCUCGAUUCGAACUGAUUUCGAUACGAAGAUUUAUGUGAAGUACAAAACAGAUGAUGACAGUGUUGAAGAAGAAACUCUAUUCGGCCAUCGUAUCGUCCUCUCCUCAUUCUCUCCACUUCUCCAUCAACUCAUCCAAGACGCCACGUCAUCAUCUUCCACGUCUUCAUCCACGUCUUCUUCCACCUCUUCAGAAUCCGCAGAUGAAUCAAUCACCUCAAUCAAACUGGAUCUUUCGAUAUUUCCCAACGCCCUGGCUGCCUUCAAAGUGAUACUCGAGUCGAUGUAUUCGGGUGAUAUCAAAAUGAAAAGUGUCCAACCGAACGAGGUCCUUGCCAUCUGCCGAUACUGCCAAAUAUCAGGUCUUGAUCAGAAAAUCUUGGCAUCAUCAUCCACACCUCCAGUCACCCUUGCCAACAUUCUUCAAUGCUCCCAGCAGAGUUCGAGUCCAUUUCUACAGUAUACCAACUCACAACAGAUACCCAAUUAUCUGACGACUAUGCUGAAUUUAUGGACGAAUCCAUUCUUCAAUGCACUUUUCGGUGGAUCACAAGGAGCUCCGAACUUGACGUUCUCUCCGCAAUCUGACACGGAAAAUAGCAGAACUCAAUCAGAAGGUAGUUCUCCGCGCGCCAACUCCUCUGCAACUCCACCCACCACGGAUCUGGAAAAGAUUGUGCCGAAUGACGACAAGGAAGGAUGGUGCAGGAAUAAGAAGUAUAUUGAGAAAGUUGACGGUGGAUUCAUGUGUACUGUAUGCCGGAAGAUCUACGGGCGGUACAAUUCUGUGUCCUACCACGUGACAAUCUAUCACCGUAAUCCACCGAUUAAGUGCGAGGAGAAUGGAUGCAACUUCUCGACACGUGAAGCAAGAUAUAUCCAUUUUCAUAAAUAUUAUCGUCAUCAUAUCCCACUUCCAGAGAAUAUUGACCUAGGAUCCCGAAAGUGUCCAUUCUGUAGACACGUGUCAAAGAGUCCAGCAAUGUUGGAGAAGCAUAUUGCUCGACACGAAACCGAGGGAACCAAUGGAUCACCGGGAGCACUGAAAAGAGCACAGAGCAAAAAAAAGAUUGUUCCAACAAUGACUUCUGACGUCAUCGGUGUUCCCGCGACGACUUCAAUUUUCGGACCGACGACUGGAAAUCCAGCUGGAAAUAUUCCGAUUCAAUGCUCAUUGUGCACGUAUUCCACCAACUCCACCGACCUUCUUUUCAUCCAUUUAGCAAUGCAACAUACCCAAGAAUUGGCUCAAUGCUCUGGAAUACUUGCUGAUAAUUCAUCUGAAACAUCUACAAGUACAUCGAGUAGCAGUGACGGAGAACCAAUGAUAACGGAUUGUGAUUUAGAUGUUAAGCCAUUGAUUGAUCAGUCUUUAAUGCUUCAUUUGAAUACGCCGUUAUCCAAUUAA